AUGGGAUUAAAGGAGAAGAGAGGAGAUCAGGAAUUAGAUUUAGGGAGUUGGAAUGGGAUUAAAGGAGAAGAGGGGAGAUGUCCAGAGAGAAAGAUAACAGAAUUGCGAGGUUUGGGAAGCAGAAAAAGACUUUAUCAUUCAGAAUGUGCUGCUGUUGCUGCUGAAAGUUGUGAUACUGAUGAGGCAAAUGAAAAUUCAGGUCCUUCUGACAUACCACUCGAUAUUUCUUGGAUGAAUCCAUGUAUAGAUUUUGCAACAAAAACCCUCUUAGACACUGACCCAGGACUUUGUGAGAUGGCAUUGCAAUUGCCAGUUCAAUGGAAUUCCAGAGGUCAACCAAUCAAGCAUAAUAGCAAGACUUUUGCUAGUUUCAUUGGUGUCACAGUUCGUCGGUUAGUUCCAAUAAGCUUGGACAAUUGGAGCGCGAAAAAAAAUAAAGAGGCUGUGGGGGUUUAUAAACAAAACAUUUGGGAUGAAAUUGAAAAAGCUUUUAUAAUUGGCGAGGAACAUCGUGCCUUUGUAUAUAGAGAAGCUGGAAAGUUGCACAGGGCAUUCAGAACAAAAAUGGCGAGGUCAUAUCUAAAAGAUAGUAAGGGUGGUUUUGUUAAACAUCGUCCGGCCAAAUAUUCUUUUUGUAUAAAACAAGAUGAUUGGGAUAAAUUUGUAGCCCAACAUAUGACUGCAAAGUUUCAGAAAGUUAGUGAUGAGAAUCGAGAAAGAGCGUUAAAUCCUCAACAUCCCUAUAGAAAGUCACGUUUAGGGUGUGCUCGUCUUGAAGCUGAUAUGGUAGAAGAGUCAGAAGUUGGUGAGAUAAACCGUAGUCAAGUGUGGAAGGCUGCCCGCGUCAAUAAGAGCGGGGUGAUUGAUAAUGAGAAUGUUCAAAGAGUUGUGGAUCAAUGUGAGAAGUUAACAGAAGCUCUAUCUGAAGAAGAGAGACAACACCUUGGUCCCACAAACAUAUUAUUUGAGGCUCUUAAUCUCCCAAACUACUCUGGACGUGUUAGGACUUAUGGUUUUGGGGUAUGUUCUAGGGACAUAUUACCACGCCAAAAUCGCCCCACACAAAUGGAUUUUGAAAAAUUGUAUGGCUUUUGUAAUUCACUCAAAAGUAGAUUGGAGGUGCUAGAGAGAGAAAAGAUUGAGAGAGAUAAGUUGGAUAGAGAGAAGCUAGAGAGGCAACAAACUGAAGAAGUGGAAGAAAGGCAACAACCUAAACAAGUGUCAGAGAGCUUGCAACAACCUGAAAAAGUGGCACAGAGGCAACACCUUGAACAAGUGGUAGAAAGGAAACAACCAGAAAAAGUAGCUGAGAGUCGACUACCUAGUGAUAAAGGUUCUUGCAACCCUGUAUCAUUUGGCAACAUUCCCGAGGGUCUCUUUCCUGUUAAUAUAUAUUUAUCCUCCCCGAGUCGUUGUUUGGUUGCUCGUGGAAAACUAUAUAACACCAAAGGUAACACGGUACAUGGCAUGACGUUACCACCUGGAUAUGUCAAGGUUAAUAUCGAAGUUGCUAUUGUGCCAAAUGCCCCAUUGCCUAUAUCUGUUGAAGAUGGAGAUGUAUCCAUGGUUGGUCAAGCAAUAGGAACAAUUGUGCCAUGGCCAACGAAACUUCUUGAAUUUGUUGCUGAAUGUGAAAAGAUUCCUGGUCAAUCCCAAAACAAAGGUAACAAUAUUCAACACAGUGUUGAAUAUUCAGUUUCAUCACCCAACAAAAGUAACAAAAAAUUCAAAAUCGAAGAGUCUCCUAGAGUUGGCGGUUCAGCUGGUAUUGCAAAUUUACCUUUCCUUGAUAUGUAUGUGAAAAAGAUGAUGAGGGUUGGAUCAUUAAUUCAAAUAAAAAUGGAGGAAAGUAUAUUUGGUGAGGAGUUUUUAGAGCAACUACGUGUAGAGAGUAUAAAGGAGAUUCUUGAUCACAAUUGGUUAAGUGCAUCUAUUAUCAUUGUAUUUUCCAGGUACCUCUAUUAUUACAAAUAUUCUCUUAUUUGA